ACUCGUGUUGUGAGAACCUUGGGAAGCUGAGCAAAGAUGAUGGCAGGUCGCGUCGUGUUGGUAGUGCUGGCCGCAGUGGUGGCAGCGGCGUUGGCAGAGGCCAGCUACCCCCGCCCCCAACCAGCCCCCUGCUACCCUAAGGUCAAAUACGUGACCCAGUACCAGACUCAGGUCCAGCAGGUCCCAGUCUACAGCACCGUCUACAAGACCCAGGUCGUCCCAACCACUCUCUACCAGACCCAGUACCAAACCCAGUACCAGACACAGUACGAAACCGAAUACGUGCCGAGGUACGUCACCCAGACGGUCUACAAGACGCAGGUGCAGUACCAGACCCAGACCCAAGUCCAGUACAAGACCCAGUACCAACCCCAGUACAUCACCACCACAGCUUACAUUCCCAGAUACGUCACCCAGACCGCCUACCAGACCGUAUACAAGACCCAAAUCCAGUACCAAACCCAGUACAAGACCCAGGUGGUACCCCAGUACGUCACCAAGACCGAAGUCCAGUACCAGACCCAGUACCAGACCCAAGUCGUUCCCCAGUACCACACCGUGACCCAAACCCAGCAGUCCUACGUGACCAAGUGCCCCAAGCCCGCCUAUGGGUAUUAAACUGGGAAAGAGACGGUCGUGGAAAUUGCGAUGUAAAUAAAUCGGUGGUAAUUUAA